CGCUUCCUUUCCCGCACCCGAGCGGUCAAAACCAUCUCCACUUCGAACCUGAUUCAAGAUGGAUGCCAAUGUUGAUGAUGAAGAGAUCAAAACCUGGUUUUGGGAAUGCAAUGAUCGCUUCCGCGCUUGUCUCAGCGUCGCGGUUUUCAGCGACGAUGACUGGAUGGACGACAGAGCCGCAGACUUCAACGUAUGGGGUUUCUCAAUCAAAGCGGAUGCCACGGGACGCUCUUCGCUGGACUACAGACUCCGGAACUGGCCAGAAGUCCGUUCAAUUGUGGUUGGUCUUCUAAAAAGUCUGAGCCACUGUUUGGAAGCCAUCGAAAAAGCCGCUUCUAGCCAAAAUACAAACUCCAAUCCCAUUAGCCCCGCUGCGGAGACCGCUGGUGAGCCCGACGUCAAUGCUUGGUCGGACUUCUCAGACGACAGUGAUGGCGCCGAGCAAGAGACCAGGUUUCAGCCCUCCGGCCCAUUCUCAGAAGGAAAGAUUCAAAUCGCAGCUACAAUCGACCAGCUUGUGAGAAUCACAGUUGCGAUAAAACAGUCCGGAAACAGGAGACGACUAGACAAGGCCGACGAGUCUUUCGAUGAGAGCAAAUACCCGGAUCUAAUGGAACACUUUGUUUCCUUGAUCCGAAUAGCCCACCUUGAUAUCCGUGAGAUAUCUGGGUCCUUGCAAGCCGGGCUGGACAGCACGCUGCUCCUUGACACCGUCCAACGUCGUCUUGUCAGACUCAACCUAUUACGGCACCACCGAAUCAAGCAUGCUACACGUUUCAGGAAAAAGGCGGAUCAUGUUAUCAUGGGCUCGGCUCCCAAUAUACCAAAGAUUUCUGCCCUUGUCCCGACGGUUAUUACACCGAGCAGGAAAGGGAAGAGACAGACGCAGGAACCGCAACUGGCUCAGGCCCAAUCUGUUCAAGCUAGUAAAAGCGCCCAAACAACAAGCACCAACCCCACAACCUCCCAACUCACGGCAACAGAACUGGGCUCUCAAUUUAAACUUCCUAGUGCCCCUGGACGAAAAUACCCUAGCUCCAUGACGAAUAUCUCCCGAAUUGGCUCGAAGCAGGAUUAUCCAAAAUUUCCAGGUACCAAGGGUUUAUUCCAUUGCCCAUAUUGCUCCCAAACUCUAUAUGCGGAGGACUUUGUAGGAAAUAUUUCCAGAUGGAAGAACCACGUCGCACAAGAUAUCUCCCCCUAUGCCUGCAUCUUUGAACAUUGCGACAGUCCAGAUGAAUUAUAUGUCACAAGCGAGGAGUGGAACACACAUAUGCGGAACAAUCACAGCCAAGUGCGGUGGCUCUGCAACAUCUGUAUGAACAAAGCGACGUCAUUUGCGACAAAGAAUGAUUGGGAAUCCCACGUAACCACGAGUCACGCAAAUUCAUUUCCUCAGGAUCAGGUAGCUGUCCUCGGAGAACUCUCCCGAAGGACUGUAUAUCUACCGCCGUCCUGCCCGCUGUGUCCAUUUCUGCCUGAUGAAGGUCAACAAGGCACUGAAGACCACAUUGCGGGCCAUCUUCACCAAUUCGCGCUGCGGUGUCUUCCUGGUAAUAUAGAUGAUGGGGAUGCGAGCUCAUCAGGCUCUAGAGGCGCACAAAGCCAUAUUUUUGAUUUUGAUGAUGAUGAUGCCGGCGAGGAAUUUGAAGACGAAACAUCCGACCCCGACGAUAGACUUGCGCGGGCGAGGAAACGCUUUCUGGAAGCAGGACGAAUGGCAUACCAAGCUUUGAAUUCGCACUUCAGCGGAAGCGACGAGUCUUCCCGACUAGACGUCAGAGCGGGUCUGGACCUUUUCUCGGACUCUAGCCAAGGCCUUCUACACCCUAGGAUAUACGAGAAACUCAUCCAAGAACACCUUGAAUUUUGCACGCGAUCCUUUGUCAGAAUCCGCCAAUGCGUCGAGCAAGUUGAGGUCGGGAGCGGCGCGUCCCAAGCCGAGGAGACACUACUAAGCGAGUUAGGAACGACGGUUCAGGACGAGUGCGACAUGUUGGAUUCAUUCUUGGAAUAUAACCGGCAGGGUUGGGACUUUGACAUUGCAUCCCCAUUCAAACACGCCCCCAGAAUCAGAUAUGAGCUCUCGAGACCUGCAAUCGAAUUUGAAGUCGUAAACCCCGAACUUUUCGUUAGCCCGGCUCAAGCAUCGCCGGCCGAAUUUCUAUCAACACGUUCCUCUUUUAUCCCCAAGUUCACGGCAGGUUCGUGCCGAUAUUACAGCAAAAUAACUCGCCAACUCAUAGGAUUGAAGAUUGCGGAUCGGGAACUGAUUUUCAAUGACAACGGGAAACACGUCGCAAGAGAAAGGGAACAAAUUUUAAGAGAUGCCCUUCCCUUGCUCAGCGGGAUCUUUCAAAUCUUUUCUGGUCUGGAGAAAGAAAAAGAAGAGCACGAUCUGUGGGGCGAGGAUCUGGAACAGGUUCAGCAUAUAAUAGAAACUGUGAAAGGAGAACUGCAGCACGUGGAUUAUUUGAUGAGGAGACAACGGGGCUUCUUCAAAAGAGAGCGCGGAUAUUCUGACUCACCUGUAUUGGCGGAAGGAUAGUGUUGAUCAUCGACUGAUUGCCGAAAUGACUUCCAUAGAUCCAAGGCAAUUUUUGAACAGA